GUACCUGUAAUUUGUAUUAUGUCUACUAGCAGUCUACACAAGACAGUUUAGUACGCCGUAUGAAUUUCCGUAGAUACACCAAAGACACACGUGGUUAAUGGUUCCUGGAUAAAUGUCAUUUUAUAGUGGAGAAACAAUCGAUACCAUUGAUAAGGCCUUUGAUCAGUUGUCAUUAGAGGCUCGAGAGCUUUACCUGGACAGGGCUGUUCCAGUUUUAGAUGGACCCCCUUCCCCGCUCUCCUUCUAUCGGGAUUACGUAACUCCGAACAAACCUGUCCUGAUCAGGAACGGACUCCAACAUUGGUCAGCGUUAACCAAAUGGACACCGGACUAUCUCAGAGAGAAGAUCGGGGAGUGUUCGGUUACUGUUGCUGUGACACCCAAUGGUUACGCCGACGCUAUCACGGAGGGAAAGUUUAUCAUGCCGGAGGAGAGACGGAUGACGAUGUCCGAAUUCCUGGACAUCAUGGACAGUCCUGACCAAUACAAGGGAAUCUUUUACAUACAGAAACAGAAUUCUAAUUUCACCGACGAGUUCAAGGAAAUCAUGGGCGACGUUGAGCCAGAUAUUCCGUGGGGCACAGAAGCAUUUGGAUCGCAACCAGAUGCCGUUAACUUUUGGAUGGGGGAUAUGCAUGCAGUAACUUCUAUGCACAAAGAUCACUAUGAAAACCUGUACUGUGUUGUGAGAGGGUGGAAGAAGUUCAUUUUGAUACCACCCACUGAUGCAGCCUUCGUCCCCUAUGAAACGUACCAAGCAGCGAAAUUUAGAGAAAAGAAUGGUGAGUUUAUCAUAGAAGAUGAUGUGGAAACGGGCAAGGUCCCGUGGAUCGCCGUAAAUCCUCUGAAUCCAGACCUAGAGAAAUACCCAGAGUUUGGGAAGGCCGUUAGUUUGGAGGUGACGGUGAAGGAGGGAGAGAUACUGUUCCUUCCCUCCCUGUGGUAUCACCAUGUCCAGCAGUCACAUGGCUGUAUAGCAGUGAAUUACUGGUACGAUAUGCAGUACGAUAUCAAGUACAACUACUAUAACUUUCUCCAAAACAUCAGCAACAUCAACAAGACAAAACGCUGAGAGAUACACAAUGUCAGAGGUGGGGCGUUAUGAUUGUAGCAGUGAUCACUGAUGUGAAUCUGAUGGACAUUCACCGAUAUUCUCGUCCAUGCUGAUCCGUUUGUUUGAAAAUGCUUACGCAAAUAAAUGUUGAAAAUGGCAGUUAGAAAAUAAAUUGCAAAGAUACUUG